AGUUCUAACAACCACCACUCUGAGACUACUGAGGAGAGUCUCCCUGCAGCCGUAGAGCAUAAACAACAACAACAUAAACAGCAUCACAGCUGUCACAGAAGAGUCCACUCCUGCCUUGUGUGUGGAAAGGAGUUUCCCAUUGCAUACAAGCUACAAGUCCAUAUGAGAAUCCACACUGGAGAGAAGCCUUACUCCUGCUCUGUGUGUGGGAAGAGCUUCGCCCAGAAGGGGAGCCUGACGCUCCACCAGAUCGUCCACACCGGAGAGAAACCUUACUCCUGCCCCGACUGUGGGAACACCUUCUCCCAGAUGAUCAGCCUGAAGAGACACCAACUGCUGCACACGGGAGAGAGACCGUACAGCUGCUCCGAGUGUGGGAGAAGCUACACCCAGCAGAGAAACCUGAGGGCCCACCAGCUGAAGCACACCGCAGAGAGACUUCACCGCUGCUCUGUGUGUGAGAAGAGCUUCUUCACACCCUCAGGACUCAGGGAUCACCAGAGGUCUCACACAGGAGAGAAACCAUUCCAUUGCUCUGUGUGUGGGAAGAGCUUCUCACGGCCUGGUCCCCUGAGAGAACACCAGCAGACUCACACGGGAGAUGGUGGACAGGUGGAGCGAGACCGCGGCAAGGACCCUGGUGACCGAUCGAGACCCAAACCCAAAGAGUCCCUGGGUGAAACUCUGGGACUGAAAAUUAUAGUUGAAGAACUGGAGAAAGAAGAGGAGGGGAAGGAGGCGAGAGGAGAAGAGGAGGGGAAGGAGGCGAGAGGAGAAGAGGAGGGGAAGGAGUCGAGAGGAGAAGAGGAGGGGAAGGAGGCGAGAGGAGAAGAGGAUGAGGAAGUUGGUGGUUUGAUCAAUUCCGAUGGAGAGGAAGUUGGUCACGUUUCUCUUUCUAGAAAAAGCCCAGUCUUUGUUAGCGGUGAGAUUCCCUCUACAUCAACAGAACCUGAACAACACCAAAACAUCCAGGAGAAACGAUACAGAACCAAGAAGCCUCACCUCUGCUCGGUGUGUGGAAAGGAGUUCCCUAAACCAUCGAAGCUAGUUGCACAUCUCCGCACACACAGCGGAGAGAAACCCUUCCGCUGCUCCGUGUGUGGAAGAGGUUUCUCCACAGGGGGUAUCACCCUACAGAGACACCUUCUGACGCACACAGGGGAGAAACCUUACCACUGUUCUGUCUGCGGGAAGAGGUUCAUCCAGCGAGGGAAUCUGUUAAAACACCAGAAGGUACACACUGGAGAGAAACCUUACUCCUGCUCCGUGUGUGGACGGAGUUUCCCUCGAUUUGAGCGUCUGAAGGACCACCAGCGGACACAUACAGGAGAGAAACCUCAAUCUUGCGAUGUCUGUGGGAUGAGGUUCUCCUACGCAUCCUCCCUCAAGGUCCAUCGCAGGAUGCACACUGGGGAGAGACCUUACCAGUGCUCUGUCUGUGGGGAGAGCUUUAACUCAACAGCAAACCUGAGGAAACACAGACAGUCCCACACUGGAAAUAAAGGGUCUGCUAACAUGAAGAGGGGUCGGCUCCUGAGGUCGUCCCACACUGGAGAGGGGUCUGCUGCUGUUACUGGAGGAUUUCAGACUGCUGGAGGUGAUGCUCUGGGAACCGUGGUCAAAGAUAAAAGCUCUCUGGAUCCUGACCCAGGCCACGGUGAAGGCUGCAGUCAAACAUCUACCAUAUAUAUCGAGAAUAAAGAAGAAGAAGAGGAGGAGGAGGAGGAGGAGGAGGAGGAGGAAGUUGGUGGUUUGAUAAAUUCCGAAGGAGAAGAAGUUAAUUGGGAUUACCUCAGUCCUGGAUCUUCAGCAUUGCAGGGCCCGAAGUCAGUUUCUGAAAAGUUUGAGAACCAAGUUGAAGAUGAUGAUGAUGUGGAAGAAGAGGAAGUUGGUGGUCUGAUCAAUUCAGACGGAGAAGAAAUUGGUUGGGAUCGUCAUCGUAUCAUCAGCCGUCCUUCUGACAGCGAGGAGAGUCCCUCCGCAUCAGGAGAACCUGAACAACACCAGGAGGAUCACAACAACACCAAGUCUCACCACUGCUUUAGAUGUGGGAAAGACUUUGCCAACAUCUCUAACCUACGGCGACACCAGAAGAGACACUCAGGAGAGAGUUCCGAACACAGAUCUGACAGCGAAGCCAGGAAGUCCCACUGCUGCCCAGAAUGUGGAAGAGACUGUAAGAAGCUAUCAGCUCUACAAAAACACAUGAAGAUCCACACGGGAGAGAAGCCGUACCCUUGCUCCGUGUGUGGGAAACAGUUCCGUGAAAGAACAGCCCUCCGCGACCACCAGAAAGUGCACACGAGAGAAAAACCUUACCCUUGCCCCGACUGUGGGAAGAGGUUCGCUCACUCAGGAGCUAUGAAGAGACACCUGCUGACGCACACCGGAGAAAAACCUUACUCCUGCUCUGUGUGUGGGAGGAGCUACACCCAGAUAGGGCGACUGAGAGAACACGAGCGAACACACAGCGAUGAGAAACACGACUGUUCCGUCUGUUGGAGGAGCUUCGCCAAAGCUAAGGCCCUCGUCGCUCACUUCAGGACCCACACGGGAGAGAGACCCUACAGCUGUGAGGAGUGCGGGAAGAGCUACGUACGAACCCAGAACCUCAGAGCCCAUCAGAGGAAAAGUCACAGCAGCUCACUACCAAACCCUGGGACUGGGACAGGGGAAACCCUGGGACUGGGACAGGGGAAACCCUGGGACUGGGACAGGGGAAACCCUGGGACUGGGACAGGGGAAACCCUGGCUGCAGGGGUGAAGAGUGAAGAGGAUUCUAUUAGUAUCAGUGACGAAGAAGAGAAGGAGUUGAUGCUAGCAGGGGUGGAGGAGAACGAGGACUAGCCAACCACAUUAGGAUAGAUUCCUCUUUGUGCUGACCAUCUCUAGACACCGAAUGAAUAGAAUGGACCAGAGCGAGGACUAGCCAACCACAUAGGAUUUUCUGCAUCAAAAAUGGUACCCUAUUCCCUAAAUACCAGGUCCUGGUCAAAACUAGUGCACUAUAUAUAGGGAAUAGGGUGUCAUUUGGGAUGCAGAUAGAGUCUGUGGUGAUGAUCUGUAGACAAAGAACCAAUAGAAUGGACUGUAGUUCUAAAUUCCACCAGCGGAGGGCGAGCAAAGUCGCACGAAAAUUAUUAGUGUUGAGAAAUUUAGUUUUAUCUAAAACAUACUUUUAGUCAUGUAGUGUAUGUGGACACCUGCUCAUCUAACAUCUCAUUCCAAAAUCAUUGGCAUUAAUAUGGAGUCGGUCCCGACUUUGCUGCUAUAACAGCCUCCACCUCUUCUGGGAAGGCUUUCCACUAGAUGUUGGAACAUUGCUGCGGGGACUUGCUUCCAUUCAGCCACAAGAGCAUUGGUGAGGUCGGGUACUGAUGUUGGGCGAUUUAGGCCUGGCUCGCAGUCUGUGUUCCAAUUCAUCCCAAAGGUGUUUGAUGGGGUUGAGGUCAGAGCUCUGCAGGCCAGUCAAGUUCUUCCACACUGAUCUGAACAUACCAUUUCUGUAUGGACCUCAUUUUGUGCAUGGGGGGGCAUUGUCAUGCUGAAACAGGAAAAAGCCUUCCCCAAACUGUUGCCACAAAGUUGGAAGCACAGAAUCUUCUAGAAUGUCAUUGUGUGGUGUAGCGUUAAGAUUGGUGGCUAACUUUACACCACUCUGCCCGAUGCUUGGUAUUGCGCAUGGUGAUCUAAGGCUUGUGUGCGGCUGCUCGGCCAUGGAAACCCAUUUCGUGAAGCUCCCGACUAACAUUUAUUGGGCUGAUGUUGCUUCCAGAGGUGAUUUGGAACUCGGUAGUGAGUGUUGCAACCGAGGACAGGUGAUUUUUUUUUUUUUACACACUUCAGCACUCUGCGGUCCUGUUCUGUGAGCUUGUGUGGUCUACCACUUUGUGGCUGAGCCGUCUUUGCUCCAAGAAGUUUCCACUUAGUUAGUUGAAAUGUGGCAUCCAAUGACGAUGCCACAUUGAAAGUCACUGAGCUCAUCAGUAAGGCCAUUUUACUAGUUUGUCUAUGGAGAUUGCAUGGCUGUGUGCUCGAUUUUUAAACGGAUGUGACUUAAAUAGCCGGAUCCACUAAUUUGAAGGGGUGUCCACAUACUUUUGUAUAUAUAUAUUGUGUAUAGAAGGGUUGUCUUUUACUUUUUUUUUUUUAAACUGCAUUGUUGGUUAGAGGCUAGUAAAUAAGCAAGUUCACUGUAAAGUCUACACCUGUUGUAUUCAGCGCAUGUGACUAAAUACAAUGUGAUUGUCAGGAAAAGGAUGAGUGCAAAUCAAUGGGGCAGAAGGCCGUGAGUUGUUAUGAUUCUGAACGUCAUUUAGCAAAGCAACAAUGACAAGGAGCUGCCAUAGUUCCAUCUGGUUCUCGAUACCAUGUCUUGUUUUGACUGAUGUCUCAUCUAUGCUAAUAUGGCUCAAAUUAACUAGCUAGCUAACCAACGACGAUUUAUUUGAGCGAUUUGAACAAGUUGUCUCAUUGUGCAAAUGUAUUGGUUUUCAAAAAACAUUUGUAGAAUAAAAAAUAUAGUUUACA